CCACGUCAUAAUUCAUUCAACCUCCGCUUUCCCGUCUACUGACGACUCAACGAGCCCUCAUGGGCUGUGCUGCGUCCACAUCCAAUCCAUCGCUUGACCCAGCCAACGCUUUUCCGAGCCAGCAGCAGCAGCAGCCCGAGACCCCCGCGGCGACCUCCACGGCCGUGUCGACCCCUCGACUCGUCCAACUCGCCCCUCCAAAUAUGCCAUCUGCGGUUGUCCUGCCAAAUGUCCCCACAGACACUCACUCAACGCAUCAUGCCACCGAAGAAGCAGCGGACCGCCCAGAUUUCGUGGCCCUCUUGCGAGUUGUCAAGCAAGGCCUCCUUGCCAAAGUGCAAAGCGCAGUGGCGGCGUCUCCGAUGCUGCUCAAUUGUCGGGGGAUGUGGGACAGCACCCCCCUGCUCGUGGCGUGUCAGUACGCACACUCAGACGUGGCUCUGCACCUGCUCUCCGUCGGCGCGGACGCGACGCUGGUCAACGAGAAGCACGUGUCGGCCGUGCUACUGGCAUCUCUCGAAGGCCUCACGGAGGUGCUGACCUGCUUGCUCACGACAAUCCCCCGUGACCACCUCGCGCCACUGCUGGUCCUUCGUGGCACCGUUUACAACUCGUUCACAGACAACAACUCGAGCUUCACACCGCUACUGGCUGCGUGCACCAAUGGCCACGCCGAGUGCGUGGGGCUGUUGUUGGACGCGACGACGCAGGAUCAGCUGAACGUCCCAGCUGACGACUCGCGUAGUCCGCUUCUGGCGGCGGCGGGACACGGGCACACCGCCGUGCUGCACUUGCUCCUCCAACACGGUGCCGACCCGUCAGUGUGCGACGCAGGGGGCAACAAUGCCCUUUUGACCGCGCUGGCAGGCGGAUUUGACGCCACCGCCGUGGCGAUUGUCCGCGCCGCCCCUGGCACAGCCGCUGUGGUGAAUGCCGAAGGGCUGACGUCGCUGCAUGUGGCGGCUCGCUCGGGAUGCGUGGAAACGGUAACCCUACUCUUGGCCACAUCAUCGUCGUUGGUGCCCGCGACGACCGCCAAGGGAGAGACGGCGCUACUCCUCGCCGCACGAAAAAAGAAUGUCCGCAUCGUAGAGGCGCUGGUGCGAGCAGGGGCAAACGUGGAUGCGUGUGACGCGACAGGUCAAAGCGCGAGGCAGGUGCUUGUCAACACCAAACAAGUGUACUUGGUAGCCGUCGUGGAAUCGAUGGCCAACGGUGCUACAACCCCGUCGCCGCCGGAGGUGUCGUCACGACCACUGGCCACCACCCCUGAAAAAGUACCGUCGUCUGCCAAGUUGGGGUGCCGUCGUCGCAGCAGCCGGAGAAAUCAACCAACCGCCGAGCCCGACAUUGUCUCGCCCUCUGACAAACCCGCGGCCAUUCGACAUAAGGGCAGCCACCGGGCCGGUGUGUCAACGAUCCCCGAUAGCGGAGAAAGCUCGCCCCUCCAAGUUGGUCGGCGCCGCAAACCAAGCAGUCGCCGCCGUCGGUCCUGCGGCAACAUGGAGUCGGACUUGGACAAGCUGGACGGACUUGUCAAGACACUCCCUUCGUCCCCGUCGGCGUCGUCAGGUCCUCCCCCUGGAACCCCCACGGAUGACGGCCCCACUCCCCUAGCUCGCGGCGGCCCCACACGCCACGCCACACGCUUGUCGAAGUCGGUCCAGAGUUUGCACACCACAGCACCCCCAUCGUUGACAUCGCGAAGUGCAUCGAUGCGACUUAUGUUUCCGAACAAACGCAGUCAAGUCCGCCCCCUCGACACCAACGAGAAGCCGACGGCGGCUACACACCCGUCCGCCGUCCAUCCGCUGACUUCUCCCCUCCCCACCACGUUGACAGAUCAUCCUCCAUUGACACGUGAUGACGCAGUGCUGUCGAUAAACCCUACAACUACGACGCACCCCUUGAGCUUGACAGCCACCCCACCGCAAGUGGGAUGUCUUCAAGGUAUCCCACCUCCCGAGAAAGCCGCGCUGAUCCUCUCGAACAUGUCAACGUCUGCAGAGCUGGCCACGCAACCAAUCUCACAAACCGCACCGGAUCCGGUUUGCGACUCCCCCAUCGACAAGUCCACGUGCGCAGCUUCAGUGCCUAGUCACACACCCGACAAGCCAACGUCGUGUUUGACGGCCAAAGACUCGGCCAUUUUGGGUGCUGAGCUCGUGAGUCCAUCCACAGACCGACCCAUUCGUCAGAAACCCAGCCAUGGGGGCCUCACCACGAGAUCUUCCUUGAACGCCCCGGUGCGAAUUGGCAAGCGCGACCUCCCGCGGCAGCACCGGUCCGUCAGCGUAUUGGUGUCCCCGUCCACGCUCGAUGCACUUGACCGAAUCGGCGCCUUGGGGGUGCUGCCCCCCAAGUCAGCACCCACGUCCCCCACCGCUGCCAACGCAACACAUGUGCCCUCCUCUCCGAAGAUCAGAUCGCAGUCGUCUAACAGCGUCGACAAUCUGCAGCGCGUGAGCCAAGUAGCGUCGUCCACACCAACGAGACACAGCUAUGAAUAAUAACACGAGGCGAGUUCAAUUAUAACUGACCCUCCAUAACAAAUACAUUGUUGUUGUUACCGAC